AUAGCAUAUGAUUUGUGCAAGAAAUUAUUGACAAGAAUUCCCAGUGAAAUUUACUUAACAAUUGGCCAUGGAGACACACGGCUCUCUGCCUGCUAACAAGGAAGCUGGUGCAAAAGCAAAUCACGAUUGCAAUGUCAGCCUAUCGGACGACUCAUCUCAUAGGGUUCUAUUGCAUGUUCGAGAUAAGCACGUGGUCAUGGACAAUGGCAUCCUACAAGUAACUAUUUCAAAACCAGAGGGAACGGUCAGUGAAGUCCGAUACAAUGGCAUCAGCAAUCUGCUCGAAACUCGCAAUGAUGAAGGCAACCGAGGUUACUGGGAUCUGGUAUGGAGUUUAGCCGGAAGCACAGGAACAACCGGGUUCGAUGAUCGAAUAAAAGGAACAAGCUUUAACAUAAUAGUCGAAAACGAAGAACAAGCAGAGAUAUCAUUCACAAGAAUAUAUGAUAGCUCCCAGGAGGGCAAGAUGGUCCCACUGAACAUAGACAUCAGGUUUAUCAUGCUGCGUAAUUGUUCAGGCUUCUACUCAUACGGGAUCUACGAGCACCUGAGGGAAUGGCCUGCUUUCAAUUUCCCUCAGACAAGGAUCGUGUUUAAGCUCAAGAAAGACAAGUUUCACUAUAUGGCAGUAGCGGAUAACAGGCAAAGGUAUAUGCCCCUACCGGAUGACCGGUCACCUCGUCGAGGAAAACCCCUGGCAUUUCCAGAAGCAGUCCUGCUCGUCAAUCCAGUCGAACCAGAGUUCAAAGGCGAGGUAGACGAUAAGUACCAGUACUCAUGCGAGAACAAAGAUCUCCAAGUCCAUGGGUGGAUAUGCUCUGAACCCCCAAUCGGGUUCUGGCAGAUUACACCGAGCAACGAGUUCCGCACCGGCGGGCUUCUUAAACAGAAUCUCACAUCCCAUGUCGGCCCCAUAACACUUGCAAUGUUUCUGAGUGCACAUUAUGGAGGAGAAGACUUGGUGACAAAGCUAGGACCGGAGGAGCCCUGGAAGAAAGUGUUUGGUCCUGUCUUCUUCUACCUCAACUGUCUUCCGAGCGGAGCUGACCCGCUUAAGCUCUGGGAGGAUGCCAAACAACAGAUGGCAGCUGAGGUACAGAGCUGGCCGUACAACUUCCCUGCUUCGGAGGAUUUCCAGCCAAUGGACUCGAGAGGCUUCAUAAGCGGUCGACUUCUGGUCAGGGACAGUGGAAGAUGUCUAUUCAGGUUUAUCAAUGAGGAGCCGGUUCCCGCAAGAGGUGCAUAUGUUGGACUGGCUCCGCCAGGGGAAGUCGGGACAUGGCAAACAGAAGGCAAGGGUUAUCAGUUCUGGACCAAAACAGAUUCAGGGGGCUACUUCAGCAUCAGUAAUGUUCGGACCGGGGACUAUAAUCUCAAUGCAUGGGUUCCUGGCUUGAUUGGGGAUUACAAGUACAAUCCCGUUAUAAACAUCACUCCAGGUUGCCAAGUAGAUGUGGCCAAUAUUGUGUAUGAGCCGAUGCGAGAUGGACCGACUCUGUGGGAGAUUGGUUUCCCUGAUCGAACAGCGUUGAAAUUCUAUGUUCCGGAUCCGGAUCCUAAGUACAUUAACAAACUCUAUGUUAAUCAUCCUGACAAGUAUAGGCAGUAUGGUUUAUGGGAAAGAUAUGCAGAACUGUAUCCCGAACACGACUUGGUUUACACAAUCGGCGUCAGUGACCACAAAAAGGAUUGGUUUUUUGCUCAAGUAAAUAGGAAAGUCGACGAGAGCACAUACAAAGGGACAACAUGGCAAAUUAAGUUCAAACUUGAAGACGUGAAUCCACAAGGGACAUAUAUGCUUCGCCUUGCACUGGCUACAGCGAAUAAUGCCCAGUUGGAAGUGAGGGUCAAUGAGAGGGAGGCAAGCCCGGCAUUGUUCUCGACAGGGGUCAUCGGGAAGGACAAUGCGAUAGCAAGACAUGGGAUUCAUGGACUCUACCGGCUUUUCAGUGUACAAGUACCAGCGAACCUGCUCAUCCCUGGGGAAAACACGAUUUUCUUGUCGCAGACGAUGGCUACUGGUCCCUUGCAAGGUGUCAUGUACGACUACAUUCGACUCGAAGGUCCUCCUCCUCCUCUGCCUCCUAGCAAGAAGAAUUGACGGUACUAGGGAAAGGUUCAUAAUCACAGUACUAGGGAAAGAUUCAUAAUCACAGUAGUACUUUGUACCAAGUGACAUAGAAAAUCGAACUUAUACUGAUUAAAUAUUUCCUGGGUAACUACGAUUCAGGACUGCACAUUACCGCACAAACAAACUGUCAUGUAAUCUUACUUUCAUGUGGUAUAUAUAGUGAUAACAUUGUAAAAAUUGGAGAUGUUUUCAGAGCUUGCUGGAACGACAAAUCUCAAUAACGAAAAUUCAUAUUCAAAGUUGAGGCCCAUUAAGUAGUACCUAGUUGGAAACAAUGUCAGGAUCGGAAUGUUACCGAUGCUAAGCGGUUUUGUUGAGUUUCUUCUUGGCAUCCUCUGUUGCAUUGGCGGCAUCCACCUGCAUCUUGUAUGUCCACAGAUCGGCUUCGGCUGCUUCCUUCUCAUUUCUCGCAGUCAUCUUCUU